AUGGCGUCUGUGAAGACCCUGGUCAAAGCUCUUACAUGCCUAUCGCGAUACAGCGACGAUAUGGAUAUCCUUGCUUUUCCCAGCUCACUGACUCUAUCCGCUACGAAUUCGUCCAAAUCCGCAUACUGUCGGCUGGUACUACAACCAACGUUCUUCUCGUCCUAUUCUGUUCGCAAGCCUCGGACUGGAUCUUCUCUCCGCUCUUCGGGUACCCAGACGCAGGAAGGAAGGAGUGUGAAGGCUCGGCUGAAGACGAAGCUCUUACUCUCCCAUCUGAGGCAUCGGAAUCAUGACAAGGGCGCGAGGAGAGUCAAGCUCAUCAUCCGGGAACCAGCGCAGAACGGGUAUGCAGAAGACGAGGAUCAGUCUGAUGAUGAGGACGGGAGGUUGGAGAGCAGGAUGCUCGUAAAGAUCUUCUGUGAUCAUGGAGUGGUGAAACAGCAUCGAUUGAACCUCGAAUAUCCUGAUGAGCUAUUAGCACCGUUCAUCGAAGAGGAUCCGCAAAAGAAAACAGUUGUAGCAAAGAAGACCUCGCUGAAGAAUCUGCUAGAGCGAAUGCGAGUCGGAAUCUCCAAGGCGGACGGACAGAUCUCCUGUGACUUCAAUCCGGCGGACAUGGUCGUCAAGACUAUUGCAGAUAAAGGUGACAUCUGCACGGAAGUGAAGGCUAUCGGAGAAGACUUGGACCGAUACGAAACCGGACCGGCAUCUGUUUCCCUCUCUUUUCACAUUCGCGAAUUUGCUGCUACGAUCACCCUAGCUGAAAGUCUGGACAAGAAUAUGACUAUGAAUUUCACAGAAGCUCCAGCUCCGCUCGUCCUUGGAAUUCUACCUACCGAACUGGACGUACCCGAAGACGAGACAUGGGACUUUCAAGCUUUCAUCGCUACUAGUAGUGCUGCGGAAGUCGUACGGCCCAAUGGACCAAAGCGUACCAGGGCGGACAAUGAUGGACGGCCUCCAAAGCUGCCACGAGUAGCCAAGAACGAGGAAGAGAACGAGCCGGAGGCUCCGGUGCAACCUGAGGCACAGUGGGGAGAAGACCCACAGCAGCAGGGCCUAUUCAACGAUGAUGAUAUGAACUUUGAGGUCCCUGUGGCUUCCCCUCCUCGUCGCGCAACUGGCUGUUCCCAAUGUCCUUCUUUCCAAAUGCCAGCUAGCCAAGUUGUCCCCUCAGGGACGUUUCGCGCAACAAGCCGAGCUUCAACCUUCCGCGUUCCUCCGCAACAUCUGCCCAGUGCAUCCGCAUCCGCGGGCGGUCCUUCCACUACCAACCUGGCUGCAGGUCCUCAAGCAUCACACCAAAAGGAGCCACUAUUCUUGCCUCCAUCUCAGCUUUCCCAAGCUGCCAAAACAGAAAUAUUCAAUGCAACGGGAAUGGAUGACGACGAUCUCCAGGCCUUCUUGGACAUGGAAGACGACUAUAUGGACAACGAUCCUGAUGGGUAUGUGGGAGUUGGCAAUGAACCUGCAAGGAAGCCAUCCGUCGCGGACCAGUCUGUGGCUCUUGGUCCAACUCUACCGCCUGACGGGGCGAAGCCAUUUCACCCUGUGUUUAGAAACAGCAUCCUCGACAUGGAAGAAGACACAGUUGUUGAGGAUGAUCAGGAUUUCGUGGCACCUCCUACUCAGCAUACUACCUCAGCAGGCCGGAAGAAAUUCACGCCAAUAUUCAGAGACUGA